AUGGUCAAAAGCAAUGAAAAUGAUGCCGGACUAGGCCGAGACGCCCUUCUACUAUUGCCGCCAGAAAAGCUGAUCGAGAAGAUUCUUCAUUUAAAGAUUCUUUAUGAUGAACGGGUCGAGGAGUUUGACGAGUUUCGGUCAUCUUCGAAAGAGAUUGAACUCAUGCAAGAUGCUGAAAUUGGGGAACUACAGAAAGAAGCAAAUCUUCUACGAGGAGAAAAUCAGCGGUUGAAGAUGUUGCAGGAGAAUGCACAGGAGCGAGUUCAAAAUGAGAAGAAAGAAUGGUUCAAAGAUGAGGAAAAAUUCAAGCGACGAAUUGCUGAACUGACGAAUGAAAACGCCGUUCUCCGCUCAAAAGUCGUACAAUUGGAGCAACAAAAUGACAUUCUUGAAAGAGGCGAACGGAUAAAUCAACAAACACUUCAGGAUAUUGAGAAGGAGUUGAAUGAUCGAACCGAGCGCCAAAUCAUGCUUGAAACAGAACUCGCCGAAAUGUCUGCGACCGCGGAUGAGUAUUACCGACUGAAAAAAGAACUCGGUAUUGUUCGUCCAUGUGCCACCGUUGAACCUUUGCGGAUAGAGCGGCCUCGAAUUGAGCCCCAUAUUCCCGUCUCUAGCAUUAGACCCGUGCCCUGCCUGGAAACAAAAGAUGAUCUCAACCAAUCUGGUGAAGCUUUAACUGGUGGUCUUCAUUCAACUGUCAACCGUGUUGUGAGGAACUUGCUGUCCAAGUUGGAUCGAUUAGAAACACUGUUAUCAUCAGCAAAAACGCAAAGUGCUCAAACGACAAUC